AUGAAUAAAGGACACUUUCGGUUAUUUUUUUUUGCUUUAAGCUUGUUUAUGUAUGCAAGCAAUCAAGCCCUUGCCAAUGAGGCUUCUUUAGUCAAUGAUAAUAUAAACAAUCCUGUUCAAACAAAGGCUAAUCCAGAAGAUGAUAAGCCUGAUAAAGCCAAUAAAAAUCUUAAAAAUUCGGAUUCAUCCAACGAGGGUCAAACAUUCUCAUCUAUAAUCUUAUCUAUUUUACAAUGUUUUGCUUGUGGUGCUCCUAAACCCAAAAAAAACGGUCAAAACAUGCAGGUUCGAGGAAAAAGUACUCCAGAAAAUGAUAUGCCAAAAAAAACUACUCCAGAAAAUGAUAUGCCAAAAAAGCCUAUUAUAGACAAUAAUGCUAGGCUCGAUAUGUCACAUCAAAAUAACAACCACCGCCUAUUAUGUAGAGACCCUGAAGAAAUUGAAAAAGUGACAAAACUUAUGAACGAAGCUACAGCUAUUUUACAGAAAGAAUUUACAUCUGAUAAUUAUAACCUAGCUCGUUUUACUGAGGGAGGUGCACGCCUAUUUAGAAAACAAAAAGAUACUAUGGAUAUUGGAAAAUUGUGCAUUUCAAUCGAAAAACCCGAUAAGUAUGGUGAAAUAAAAGACACAAUAUGGAAUCCCAAUGGUUUCCUAAAUAUGGAUCCCAGUUUUCUCACUGGACAAGUUGUUCGUGUAUAUAAUCCAAAUUUAGUGAUGAUACAACAAUGCUAUACAAGUGGUGGUCAAAAUUCCGUAAAAUAUUUCCAUUAUUUGGCCCAAAAAAUUGAAGUAUCAAAAGACAAAACUAUAAUGAUAUAUUUAUCAACACAUUCGGCUGAUGUUAAUGAUAGCAUGGAAGAAAAUAUGUAUACUCUCUUAGAUAUUGCAUAUUCAUUAGAACCUGGCUGUAAUUAUGAAGAAGAGUUUAAAAAAAAUUAUGUUAACUUAUCCGCAUAUGAAAUUAAUAAAGACGACAAAAAAGUUGACAUUGUCUAUUUAGACUCGAUUUAUGAUGACGAGAUCCUAGCUCCCCUUUAUGAUUUUAAAAGAGUCCGAUCAAGAAAAAUUAUCCAACUUGUGAACUUAAAAGAAAAACUCACCAGAGAAAAAAGAUAUAUUCCAAACAGCAAAUUUUUAUUGGAUUAA